UUCACUGCUUGUUUCAUUUUUUACUAAUUCCAAACAAAUUCGAUCCACUGAUCAAUGGCAUCGUCAUCGUCCUCUUCUGACUUCAUUUCUGCCUCUAGUUCUCAAUCAUGGGAUCAUGACGUAUUUUUAAGUUUUAGAGGAGAAGACACUCGCAAGAGCUUUGUGGAUCAUCUCUACACGGCUCUUCAACAACAAGGAAUCCAUACGUACAAGGACGACGAAACACUUGCUAGGGGUGAGUCAAUUGGUCCAGCCCUCUUGAAGGCUAUCCAAGAAUCACGGAUUGCCGUUAUUGUAUUCUCUAAAAGCUAUGCAGAUUCAUCUUGGUGCUUGGACGAGCUUGCGCAUAUUGUAGAGUGCAUGGAAAACAAAGGGCAGAUCGUUAUGCCCAUAUUUUAUGACAUCGAUCCAUCGGAUGUGAGAAAACAAAAUGGGAAAUAUGGAGAAGCAUUUACCAAACACGAGUGUGUGCAUAAGAACAAAGUUGAAUCAUGGAAAAUAGCUCUCGUAAAAUCAGGCAAUCUUUCUGGAUGGGUCCCUAAAGACUUUGCAAACGGGUAA